AUGCAGCGCUUCAGAGGUAGGAUUGGAUGGAACGCAGUGGAUGGUCCAUUGGCCUCAGAUCGAAGUGACUCUGUGACCGAAGCUCGUUGGCUGUAUGCGGCGCCGUGGAUUGGAGGACGAUAUGGAGAACGGCGGACACGGAAUGUGAAUGUAGUGUUCGAUGAAGUGGAUGCAAGCCACCGUGAAGGCUCGGUGAAGCGACGAAACUUUUGA